AUGAGCCGCGUGCGAUGGGCGCUAUGCCGGGCCUGCCUCGCGCUGGUCGCGGCCCUGGCCGCGCUCCUGCUGCUGCCGCUGCCUCGCGUGCCCGCUCCCGCCCCGGCGCCCGCUACCGUCGCUGCCCCCAGCCUCCGGCCCGAGGACAUCUUCAUCGCGGUCAAGACCACCCGCAAGAACCACGGGCCGCGCCUGGGGCUGCUGCUGCGCACCUGGAUCUCGCGCGCCCGCCCGCAGACGUUCAUCUUCACCGACGGGGACGACCCUGAGCUCCAGCGGCAGGCAGGCAGCCGUGUCAUCAACACCAACUGCUCGGCAGUGCGCACCCGCCAGGCACUCUGCUGCAAGAUGUCUGUGGAGUACGACAAUUUCAUUGAGUCUGGGCGCAAGUGGUUCUGCCACGUGGACGAUGACAACUAUGUGAACCCCUCAGGCCUGGAGCACCUGCUGUCCGCCUUCUCUCCCAACCAGGAUGUCUACCUGGGGCGGCCCAGCUUGGAUCACCCCAUUGAGGCCACCGAGAGGGUCCAGGGAGGUGGGACCGCCACCACAGUCAAGUUCUGGUUUGCAACCGGUGGGGCGGGGUUCUGCCUGAGCAGGGGCCUUGCCCUCAAGAUGAGUCCCUGGGCCAGCCUAGGUAGCUUCAUGAGCACGGCUGAGAAGGUGCGGCUGCCGGAUGAUUGCACCGUGGGCUACAUUGUGGAGGGGCUGCUGGGGGCCCGCCUGCUGCCCAGCCCUCUCUUCCACUCACACCUGGAGAACCUGCAGAGGCUGCCAGCUGAUGCUGUGCUCCAGCAGGUCACCCUAAGCUACGGGGGUCCAGAGAACCCACACAAUGUGGUGAAUGUGGCCGGUUUCAGUCUGCAGCAGGACCCCACGAGGUUUAAGUCUGUCCACUGCCUUCUCUACCCAGACACAGACUGGUGUCCCAUGCAGAACAGGGGUAACCUUCCCUCACGGUGACCAGGCUCAGCCAGCUUCCUCCGGCUGCUGCUGUGGGAGCCAGACAGAUGCUCUGGCCAACCUGAAAGCCAAGUGCAAACCCAUGGUGGGCCUGGGAGCUGGGGCUUUCAGCCAGUCACUUUGUAGGGUGGCCCCCGGGAGGGCCGGAGAGCAGUGCCCCUGGUGUCACGGGUGCUACUCAGCUGUCUCCAUCAGAGCACUUGGGCACCCCUGCGACCAACAUCAGCCUCGUUCCUGUGGGCUGGGCACAAGAGUGUGGGCUCUGGCCUUCCCAGCAGGCCUCAUGCCACCCGCAGGGUGCAGCUUUCAGACUGGCUCCAUGGUGUGUCCUCAGGCAGAGCUGGCCUUCCUGGAAGCCUCCAGGCCACUUUUCCCCUUGCUGACUCACAUCAAGGACUUCCUCCUGCCUGUCCCCUUCUCCCUGCAUAGGUCUACAAGGUGGCCUCUGGGGAGGGGGAAACAGACAACUGCUGUCCUUGGGCGCUGUGCAGGGCACAGCCUGUUCUGUCCUCAGUAUUGCAGAGUGUGAAUAAAGGCCUCCUUGUCACUCUCA